AUGUUUGCGCAGGCCGUGGCUGGGCCGGGCUGGAGGGAUGCCCCGUCGGAGGAGCCGCAGUCGGAAUCCGCGGAAGAUGCUUUUUGGCUUUGCUCGAGUUCUGGACCAGACUUUGAAUGUGUGUGGAUUUGUGUGAAUGAAGCAGCAGCAGCAGCAAGUUCUUCCACAUUUGGAUCGGGAGCACCGCCAGCACCACCACUACCAAUACCUGCAACCUCCGCUACAGCAGGCGCAACAACAGCAGCAGCAGGCGGCGGCGGCCACACUACUACAAGUGCAGCAGCAGCACCAACAGCAGCAACAGCGAAUCAAAACUGGUUGGGGCGCGACGUCAGCGACAGCAGCAGCAGCCGCGGCCGCCGCAGCGACAUCGUCGUUCAUCCAGAACAUCGUCAAUACCGCCGCCAGCAGCAGCGCCGCCGGAGGAGGAGGAGAGCUUUUGAUAUGAAUAAGUUUUGGGUGCUGACCAAUUUGAUCCAAAAUUCAAACGUAUAUCCAAUACCUAAAGUUGAGCAUCCGCACCACCAGCAGUCGGAUCAGCAGCAACACCCGCAGCAGCAGCAGCCGCACCAGCAGCCACCUCCGUCCCACCAGCCAGCGUCGUCGACGACGUCGUCCAAGGGCGGAGGGAGUCGGCAUCCCGCGAACCAUGCAAUAGGACCGGCUGCGCCGGGAAUCUACCACAAUCCCAGUGGCGUUCCGGGGCCGACAGCGCCCGGUGCGAGCUCGGCGCCAACUGUACCCACAUCGGCCAUAGGAUCGCCACAUCUUACAAAUCUUUCCGGACCAGCUGCGGCGAACGCACACAGUGGCAGAGGAAGCACGGGCCAUGCACCGGCACCGCCCGGGGCCCACCUGCAGCUGAACGGGACGGUCUCGUCGGACCACACAAAGGCACAGUAUUUAGGCAACAUGCAGGUGCACCCGGCCCACGCCACCAGCGGUCACCAUGCGCCACCAACGGGCACCCAAGGGGGCCCACCGCAGUCCGCCCAUCCUCCCCAGCCGAUCUCGAUCGUCAAGCCGGAGUUCAAGGUGCCGUCGAUACCGACCCACCUGAUGGACGUGCGCGGCCCGGACGGGUCGAUCGUCAAGAUCAACAUGCCCGAGCAUCACGACCCGAGCAAGCCGCCCAACAACGUCGAAAUGUUGAAAGUCAACAUCGAGGAUCUCAGUCAAUUUCUCUCGUACCAUGAAGUCUUCGGAAAGCUACCUUCCGACAUGCUAACGGGUCCGUCCGCUAGCCUAGUGCCAUCAUCCGCUACCAACACUGCGUCCACCAGCGGUGGCCACAGUAACGGUAAACUGAACCACAUCCGGGGCAGCAGCAGCAGCAGCAGCGGUGGCAGCCAGCAGCAUCCGCAGGGUGAGUCCCCGUUCAAGUGCAGCUACUGCGCCAAGAGCUUCACCCGGAAGGAGCACCUGACGAACCACGUGCGCCAGCACACCGGCGAGUCGCCGUACCGCUGCCCGUACUGUGGCAAAACGUUCACCCGCAAGGAACACCUCACGAACCACGUCAGAUUGCACACCGGUGAAACUCCCUACCAGUGCACCUACUGCGGGAAGAAGUUCACCCGAAAAGAACACCUCACCAACCAUGUCAGGUUACACACCGGAGAGACCCCGUUCCAGUGUACGUACUGCGAGAAGAAGUUCACGCGAAAAGAACACUUGACAAACCACACGAGAAUACACACUGGAGAGACUCCCUAUCAGUGCACGUAUUGCGAGAAGAAGUUCACCAGAAAGGAACGCUUGACGUACCACAUAAGGUUACACACCGGCGAGACGCCCUUCCAGUGCUCGUACUGUCAGAAGAAGUUUACCCGCAAAGAGCAUUUAACGAAUCACGUCAGAUUACAUACUGGAGAGACCCCCUUUCAGUGUACCUAUUGCGAAAAGAAAUUCACGCGCAAAGAGCAUUUAACGAACCAUGUCAGAAUACACACUGGCGAGACUCCGUACCGGUGCACGUAUUGUGAGAAGAAAUUUACCAGAAAAGAGCGUUUAACGUAUCACAUAAGAUGGCAUACCGGAGAGACUCCCUAUCAUUGCACAUAUUGCGAGAAAAAAUUCGCACGAAAAGAACAUUUAACGAAUCAUGUCAGAUUGCACACCGGUGAGACGCCCUAUCACUGUACCUAUUGUGAGAAAAAAUUUACCCGCAAAGAGCAUUUAACGAACCAUGUCAGAUUGCACACUGGAGAGACUCCCUAUCAGUGCACAUAUUGCGAGAAGAAAUUCAGUAGAAGAGAGCGUUUAACGAUUCACACAAGAUUACACACCGGUGAAACCCCGUACCAUUGCACUUACUGUUCGAAGAAGUUUGCUCGCAAAGAACAUCUCACGAACCAUAUCAGAAUACACACCGGAGAGACCCCCUAUCGGUGCACAUAUUGUGAUAAGAAAUUUACCAGAAAAGAGCGUUUAACGUAUCACAUAAGACUACACACCGGCGAGACCCCCUAUCAGUGUACCUAUUGCGAGAAAAAGUUCACGCGAAAAGAGCAUUUAACGAAUCAUGUCAGAUUGCACACCGGAGAGACCCCUUACCAGUGCACGUACUGUGACAAAAAAUUCACGCGAAAAGAGCAUUUAACGAACCACACAAGAUUGCACACUGGAGAGACCCCCUAUCAUUGCACCUAUUGUGAGAAGAAAUUUAUGCGAAAAGAACACUUGAAAAACCACGUCAGAUUGCAUACCGGAGAAACUCCCUUUCAAUGUACGUACUGCCAGAAGAAGUUUACGCGUAAAGAGCAUUUAACCAAUCACACCAGAUUACACACCGGUGAAACGCCGUACCAUUGCACUUACUGUACGAAGAAGUUUGCUCGCAAAGAACAUCUCACGAACCACAUCAGAUUACACACCGGCGAGACGCCGUAUCAGUGUACGUACUGUUCCAAGAAGUUCACUCGCAAAGAACAUCUCACGAACCAUCUCAGACUGCACACCGGGGAAACUCCUUACCAGUGCAACUUUUGCGAAAAGAAGUUCACCAGAAAAGAACACCUCACGAACCACGUCAGAUUGCACACGGGCGAGACUCCCUAUCAGUGCUCGUAUUGCCAGAAGAAGUUUACCAGAAAAGAGCAUUUGACGAAUCACACCAGGCUGCACACUGGCGAGACGCCCUAUCAUUGCACCUAUUGCGAGAAGAAAUUUAUGCGCAAAGAGCAUUUAACGAACCAUGUCAGAUUACACACUGGCGAGACUCCCUACCAUUGUACCUACUGCCCGAAGAAGUUCGCUCGCAAAGAACACCUCACGAACCAUGUCAGAUUGCACACCGGAGAAACUCCCUAUCAGUGCACGUACUGUGGGAAGAAAUUCACCCGAAAAGAGCAUUUAACCAAUCACAUCAGAUUGCAUACCGGAGAGUCUCCGUACCGGUGUGAGUACUGUAACAAGUCCUUUACCCGCAAAGAACACCUCAAGAAUCACAUCAGGCUGCACACCGGAGAUUCGCCGCACAAAUGCGAGUACUGCAACAAGACGUUCACGCGCAAGGAGCACCUCAACAACCACAUGCGCCAGCACAGCGGCGACAACCCGCAUUGCUGCAACGUGUGCAACAAGACAUUUACCAGGAAGGAGCACCUGAUUAACCAUAUGAGCCGGUCUCAUACCGGAGAGCGUCCGUUCCAGUGCGAUGAGUGCGGCAAGUCGUUCCCGCUCAAGGGCAACCUGCUGUUCCACCAGCGCAGCCACACCAAGGGCCAACCGAUGGAGCGGCCCUUCCGGUGCGACAUGUGCCCGAAGGACUUCAUCUGCAAGGGCCACCUGGUGUCGCACCAGCGGUCCCACACCGGCGAGAAGAACCAUCACUGUCCGCAGUGCAGCAAGUCGUACGUCGAGCGGGGCAACAUGCUGCGGCACAUGAAGAAGACCCACCCGGACGCGGUGAUCCCGGUGCUGCCGAAGCUGCCCCACAUCAAGGUCGAGCCCAAGUCCGGGGAGUACUUAGUAGUAGCUCAGCCGGUGGUGACGUCCCCGGUGCAGGCCACCUCCUCCACGAUCACCUCGAUCAUCUCGAAUAGUCAUCCAUCGCAGCACAACCAUCACAUUCAACCGAAAAUGGAACAGAAAUCUCAGAUACACCAUCUUACGCUUCCCCAUCAGCAUCAGGCUCACCAGCUGCACCACCACAUCUCAUCGGGGGCGGCCCCGCCGAUGCACCUGCCACCGCCAAACCCCCAACAAUUGGCAGCGCUCGCCCUCCAUCAUCAGGUGGCCCAGCAGCAGCAGCAGCAGCAGCAACAACCACAACAACAAUCCUCACCCUCAACGGGCCGAGCACAGCCUUCUCCUCGUACAUCACAUCAGCCGCAGCAGCAGCAGCCGCUGCCGCUGGCGCAGGUCCAACAGCCGGGGCCCCAGGUGGUCCCCCCGGUGGUGGUGCCGGUCCAGGUGCAGGUCCCCCAGGAAAACCCCCAACAGUCACAGCAGCAGCAGCAGCAGCAGCCGGCCCAGGGCCCAACUGGACCCCUGCCACCACAACACCAUACGGUCCCGGUUACUAUUAUAACCCACGCUGGCACAAUUAAUCCCCUAACCGUGGCGGACGGACUGCAGAACCGGGCUAGUGCGGCCACCAUCGGAACCACCAUCCAGAUGCACCACCUGACUGCGGCCGCCCAGUCGGACGAGCACUCGGUCGUUUACUGAAGCAACAUCCCGGCGGCGGCCACCAAAAUCACAGUCUCGGGACGGAAAACGUUGACGCGGCUGUGAGCGGCGGGACAACCUGGCCACCUCCGACGAUCACCACCACAGAGAGAUGAACGCGCGCGCACGCGAGUUUUACAGUACAGAUUUGCAAUUAGUAGUUUUUAACCAUAACAGAGUAGGGCGUCAUUACUCGUAAACCAGUAAUAUGUAUGCGACAACAAGCAAGUACUAAAACCAGAAAACAAGUAUGUAACUAUACAAUUAUAUAUACAAACACGAGAGAAUGUAUAACAAUAACAAAAAAAGUCACAUACACACACAGCGAUAUCGAUAUCAAAUAUCGAACACACAAAAAAUAACACUAAAACUAAAAGUAAUAAAAAAAACCUGUUGAUACAACCAACACAAAACACAAAAACUAACUGGUAAUCUAGUGAAAGAAACCGACAAAACCUAUUGACCAGAGCGAGAUCCAGAGCAAAGCCGGACAGUGUGAACCAACCUACCAACCCCCAACACUGACUGUUUCCAGCGUUCUUUUUUGUUCGAUACGCGACAAACAGCCGAGAGAAAGAGACAGCGAGGUGCGCUCAGACGCGUGUGAUAGAAUACGGUGAGGGAGACAACCCGCAAACACAAAAAAAAACGCAGUGACAUACAAACACAGACACGGACGCAACACAAACCACACACACUCACACUUAGGUAAAGAAACUAUUACAAGAUGAACAUAGAAAUCAAUACUUACGCAAAUAAGCAAAUUGUUGAAAUAGGUGAAAAUAAACAAAUAGUAAUCGAUUUUACCCCGCAGUUGAUAAAUGCAAGUUAAUCAGAGAGAGAAAGAGAGCGCGCGCGAACGUAAGCAAGAGGAAGGAUGUGAAAAUAAGGGAAUGCGAUAGGAAGGUUGCUGGUCAAAAUCUCAGAGAAAAGAAAAACACGUUUCGGCACGGAGAGAUAGUCACACCAACUGGUGAGGAAGAGAACAAUAGCGAGAGAGUUCCACACGAGCCUGAACUGUGAGAAGCGCGCGAAAACAUGCAACAACAACAACAACAACAACAACAACAGCAGAGUUGGGCACCGCUUCGCCGCGGUGCUCGAUGCUGAAUGAAUAGUACAACAUUAUUAAACAGUAACUAUUAAUAGUAGAAACAACAAAGAAACAAAAAAAGAUGUAACAAAUAACUGUUUGGAAACUAAGAGCACCACAAACUUGAGAGCGAGAGAAGUUUUACAGAGCAUAUUAACAAAAAAGAGAAAGAAAUCGUGCGUAUUUAACAUCUAAGCCCAUCAAACCUUCAUCUUCUACGCCGUUCAAAUCACGCCCAUUCAUGAUACAAACACACAAACACUCUGAGAGAAGUAUAAAAUGUCGCCAUAUUUGCUGCCGCCAUAACGUUGAAAAACACAGACAAAUAGACAUGGAAAAAAACUUGUCACCAACUAAUGCACACACAUUCACCUACAACACACCGAUUCUUCACACACAAACAAGCAUAACAAACAAUAGGUAAACAGAACGAGCGCGCAUCGAAAGCGCAACCCCUGAUAAGAUGAACCUUUCCACAACAGCAGCAACGCAACCCAGCAGAUAUAAACAGAACAAAACUAAACUACAGAACAACAAUUAUUUUUCUAUGUCUUGUGUGUUUUUUGUAAUGUAACAAAGUGAGAGUGGUGAGAGAGUAAUGUCACUUCGAUAAGGUGAGUAACAAGCAGGAAGAUUGGUUGAGUUUUGUCUUGAAUAUUUUAUGAUUUUCCGCUGUGCCCUUUGGAGUGAGGUUUCUUGGGCGUGCGUCCUGCUUUUGGUGUACGAUUCCUACGUCCGUGUUGGGGAAGCUCAAUGCUUUUUUAGACCAAGAAUGUUAGCCCAAGCAGGAUGCUCACAAGAAGCUUCAAAAGGGCUUUCACACACAUACAAACAAUCACAUUUUCCCACUCACACACACACACAUACAGAGAGUCUCUUCAAUGAGUUGCGAGCAAAGAGGUGAGCUUUUGUUGAUUACAUUGGUAGUUCCAAUUAAAAGAUCGACAAAAGGUCGCGCCUUGCUCAUCUUAUUUAACCAUAAACUUAACAAUAGUUCCAUAGCAUCUAAUAAAAACAAUAGUAACCAGUUUUACCCACACGCAAGCAUACUACGCAAUAGAAUAUAUAACACAGAUGGACUGUUCAAACAGUUCAAACAAGCUACAAACUAUACUUAUUUAAAACAUACAGAAAUACAAACACAGAUAAAAUAGUCAGGAAAGAUUCUUCUUCUGAUACUAACAAACACACACGCAGAGAUCAUAAUAUGUAAAUGUAAGCUGAAACAGAGAGUACAUAAAAUCCACACAAACACAUCCUUUGUUGAACGCAGACGGAGAGAUGAUUGGUCGAAACAACAAUAUUGUGUACAUUAGUACACACACGAGAUGAUGUAGUAUUUAGCAUUUGAAGUUUUUCCGUUCGUUCGUUUGAUCAUUCGUUUGUCAGAGAAGCAUUUUUCCUUUUUCCACAAACACACCACACGCAGAUACAGAUAUUUAAGAGGUUUUGUUUUUCUUAGUCUCCAUAUUAAGCACACACAGCAACACAAACCAUAAAACAAUAACAAACAAUAAGCAGAGUAUAUAGAAACCACCGUGUCACAAAAUAACACACCACAACACAACUACAAGCAGAGCAGAUGCAGAGAUAAAUAGAUUGAAAACAUAGAAAAAAACCAGAAAAAAAUAAUACAAAACCAUAAUGUGCGCGUAGCGCUCACAUUCAACCCAAACUCACCCAGCAAUAGCAGAAUCAAACAGGGAAGGCAGGGCCGGAACGUUCCGAGCUUUGCCUUUUUCUGAAGCAGCAGCAGCAGGACAAAAUGGACACUAUUUCUUUCAAUCAGUCAGAUUUUUGAGUUUGAAUUCUUUCGUUUCAAGUGCAACUCUUUAGUUUUCAGCGACAUCUUCUGGGCGGCCAACGCAUAUAUGUAUGGGAUUUUAACGGCUUUUAUAUUCCGCGCGUUUCGGCUUUGGUCCCGCUGUGAGUCGGUUGGUGGGCGUUCUUGUCUUCCUGUCCGAAAAAUCUCCGGUGAUAAGUUUUGGGUUUUAGCAACGAAAGCACCACUAAAUUUUGGAGGGCUGGUCCCUGCGGUUUCAUGAUCUCAAAUUUAGUCUACACCGUCGUCGACGUCGUCAUUUUAGCCAUACUUUUAGGUUUGUAAUAUUUCGCGUGGUUCCGGUCCCAAAUUUAUCCCUCGAAAAUGAUAAAACAAAAGCGGGUGUGGAUCACCCGUUUUCGCCGCGUUUAAAUUUAAGUUUUCAUCGAAGCACAAGAACGCCCUCACUGAGAUGACGCUAAGCGCCAAGGUUGAAACGGGCCCGAAUAUGGCCGCAGCGCGACUUUUGAAAGACUUUAAUUACUACUUUCUAGUCAUUUUAGCAGCUCUUUUAUCGCACACUCGAAAAGGGAACCAAUUUUACAACCGGCGCGAAAAAAUGCGAACAAUUUCGUGCCCGAAAGAGAUCACCUUUGGAAGAAGAAUUUUUAUUGCUUUUGAUUUCAAACCGGAACAGUUUAAAACAACAUAUAUACAGCAGACAAACCACAACUAACAGCAGCAGAAACAGGAGAAAAAAAACGUAACGUUUUCACCACACUACAAUAGCAUUUCUUAUUGUUUGUUCGAACACAAUCUUAGGUUUUCACUCACACACCGUCAAUCACAGAGAAAAUUUCUCGUUCAAGGCACCUUUAAAAUACAAACGAAACAAAAAAAAACGUACCACUUUUAAGCGGAGUUCUUCUCACACACAAACAUUUACAAAAAAUACACCUGAAAUACACACGUGUAGAAAAGUGCGGCGAAAAAAAA